AUGGGCGGUCCGCCACAUCCUCAGACGCCCGAAGAUCGGGCAGCUCUUCUACCGAUAUUGUCACUGUUCAACAAAUUUCCUAAGGAUUUUGAGUUCCCGCUGGAAGUUGAUCCACAAUAUGUUCCACCGAUCAACUCUUUUUAUUGUUUGGUGGCCGGGCUGGUUAUGUGUACUAUUACGACAAUAGUUGUGUGUUUGAGGUUAUGGAUUAGGAGCAGAGGCGUUUUUGGGAUGGAUGAUUGGGUUAUGAUUGCGGCGUUUUUAUCUUAUUGUGGUUUUAAUGUUGUUAAUUUGGUUGCUGGUUUGGGCACUGGCUUGGGAUACCAUAUCUACGACCUUUCGCUGACAGAUAUUCAUAAUUAUUUGAUAAUGCAAUUUCUUCACGUCAUAUUCUGGUUUUGCGCUCUACAUCUAUGCAGAUGUUCUAUCCUCCACCUCUUCUUACGACUAGCACAUCUUCAAUCCGAAGGUCAAAAGCUAUAUCUUCGAACGGUUUUAGGGCUAUCUUAUGCAUUCCUGUUCGCCUGCGUAAUAGUCCAGAUCUUCGAAUGCGGCACGUCAGUUUCGAGAACCUUUGACUUGGAGCAUAAAUACGACGGAACUUGUAUCGGUUCCCACUCGACAGCUGUCUACGGAGGUCUAAUAGCAGGCCAUAUGGCUCUCGACGCGCUUACGAUUUUCCCUCCUCUCUUUAUCCUUGCAAGACUACCCCUCGCACCGGGCAAGAAAUUCAACCUUAUAUCCCUUCUAAUACUUGGUAUCUUCACUAUGAUAUUUAGCGCCAUUCGUCUUUUUGUCUUCUACCAGAUCAUGGUAGACUCCUACGAUUUAACAUGGAAUGCUACUGCUGUCGCCUUCUGGGGGAUCCUUGAAAGUUCUUUGGCUGCUAUAAUCGCCUGUCUUCCAGCACUAAACCAAGUUAUGCUUCAGGUCUUAAGAAGAGUAUACAAUCAUAGCCCACGUGGGAAUUACAGCACCCGAUCACGAAAGGGCACAGCAAGGUCCUCCAGAUUGGGUAUCAGCAUCUUUGAACGAAAUCACAUCUACAAGGGACCCGCUAAAUUCGUAAGCUACUCCGCAGACGCAACAGUUUCUGGUGGAGGAACAAUUAUCAUGCCGGACUACGUGGAGUUAAACUCCCAGAUAGGGGAAGGGAGGAGGUCAAGAGGUGGGACCAGCACACUUGGUGAUGUCGAUCCAUUGGAUACCACAGCACGACCUCUCAGAUCUUUGGAACAGACAAGAUCGAAGAACGAGUCUUUGACGGAUAUUACGGUUGAAAGAAGUUUUUAUGUGAUUGAAGAAAGAGCAUCGGAUUUGGAGUUACGGGAGGCUCAGGAGCUGGAGAGCAGGAACCAGUCGGCGGUUAGUUUGACGAAACCGUCGAAGGUUGCGAGGUUUUUUGAUAGGAGGAGACCAUCUUCGCCUACAAUACCUUUGGCGGCGAGGGAAGCUGCUGCGGCGAUAGCGGCAGCGAACGCGAGGAAGAAUAGUAUUGUGUAA